AUGCGAGACCAUAGUCCCCAGGUGUCCCGUUCGGUGCACCUGCUGCUACUGCUGCUGCUGCUAUUGUCUGUGCCACUUGUCUCAGUCCAGAGUUCCCGGCAUCCUCACUCUGGCCAAAAUCCCUAUCAUGAGUAUGCUGCUAGGUUCUAUGGUUAUGAAGACUGGAGGUCAAGGCAGGCUACGGUGGAGGCGGAAGAGGUUCUGCAGUAUUGUGACGGUGACUUUGAUGUUUAUUUCGUCUUUGACAAGUCCAGUGCCGUGGCAGACUGGGCUGGCAUAUUCACAGCCUGGGAAGAUAUGGUGGAGAAAUACGUGAACCCCAAUCUGCGGAUGUCCUUCAUUCUCUUUGAUGACAAAGUCACAGUCAAAAUGCCACUCACUGCAGACAGAAAAGAAAUCCGCAAUGAGCUCACCAGCGCAGAGACGAUUCUGAUACACGGAUUAACAUAUCUUGACGAAGCACUGGAAAAGGUGAAUGAACAGAUCCAAAUGGCCAACGCAGGAGCCACUACGAGAUCUAGUCUGAUUAUCAUUGUGGUUUGGGGGAAAAUGUCGCCACGAGUAUUGAAGGCAUCUAAGAAGGAGGCUGAUAGAGCUCGGAGCAUGGGGGCUUAUGUUUACUGUGUCGGUAUGGACUUCUAUGACAGAAAUAAGCUGAAUGGAAUUGCAGACAGCGAAGACAAGGUGUUCAUUGUGGAAGGUCCAGCUAUGAUGUUUCAUGAGUUAGUAGACUCGAUUGGAACACUGACCUGCCUUGAACUCAGAAGUAUUGAGCCUUCCUCUCUGUGCAUAGAAGAAGAUGACCCGCUCAUCUUAAAAGGAUACGGCUUUCAUAAUGCAAAGGAACUCAGCGAAGUUAUCUGCAGAUUCAAGUUCAGUGACUCCAAGGUCAUCGAUAAAAAUCCUACUGAUAAGAACUUCACUGUCAUUAUUUGUCCUAGACCAGAAAUAGAGCAACCUGGACAAACCCUCUCAGUUGAAGUUAGCCUGAACAACGGAAGAGAUUUCCUUACCCACACCAUCCCUGUGAAGACUUCCGACUGUAGACCUCCACCACUGACCACUACUGUCAUCCCUGAGACCACCACCCUACCAACAACAACUCCCAUAACUUCACCGACAACCUCUACCCCAGAAACUACUAUCCCAACGACUACUCCUGUCCCCACUACUUCACCUCCUCCUCCACUACCUCCACAACUACCACCACCUCCUCUACCUCCUCCUCCUCCACCCCCUCCACCUCUGCCUCUGCCUCCCCCUCCGACUCUGCCUCCACCACUGGCCAUUGUGCCCCCAGCAGCUGAGCCAAGCAAGCAAGUUUUGCUCAGCACCAUGGUGCUGGCGCUGCUGCUGAUCCCUGUGUUGCUGUGGUGGAUCUGGUGGCUGUGCUGCCGACAGCCCCCCAAGGCACGGCCCUCUCCUGUACCACAGCCAAAGGGCAAUGUGGCCGUGUGCAACUUCAAUCCCCUAAGCUGCCACCAAUUGCCCCUGAUGUGGUCUCGGUCUAGCGACCAGAGGCAGUGCAUCAACUUUGACCUCCUGAAGGCCCUCUGCUCUCCUGUUCCCUGCACCUCUAAGGCCAGCUUACCCCCAGACCGCAAAGCACUCUUCCUACAGAAGGCGGCAUGGGUGACACACGACCACACGGAGAGUCGAUUCUGCUACUUCUACACAGACCUCUCUGAGGGCAGCUUCCAGGCCAGGCAGAAUAAAAACAUAACUGAUGGGCUGGCCUUCCAGGGCUCCUCUCAUUUAAUGGACAAGUGA